AUGGCUGACCACCUUUAUGCGAGAAAGAAUGAUGCUCUCAAUGUCAACCCUGACAUUGUCAAUGGGCAACGCAGUGACAUUAAUAUCACCGUCAGAGGCUCUGACUGGUACUGGGCUGUCUGCGCAGUCAUGACCGUUUCAACCUUUGCGUUCCUCGGGCUUGGAAUGAGAAAGCCUCGCACCGAUCGUAUCUUCCACUACAUCACUGCAGGUAUCACCAUGAUUGCAUCUAUCGCAUACUUCACGAUGGCUUCGAACCUCGGCUGGACUCCUAUCGCGGUUGAGUUCCAGAGGUCCAACCAUAGGGUCGCCGGGAUCUACAGAGAGAUCUUCUAUGCAAGAUACAUUGACUGGUUCUUGACAACUCCUCUUCUACUCACAGAUCUUCUUCUUACUGCUGGCAUGCCCUGGCCGACUGUGCUGUGGGUGAUUCUCGUGGACUGGGUGAUGAUUGUCACUGGAUUGGUCGGAGCCCUCGUGAAGAGUUCCUACAAGUGGGGUUAUUUCGCCUUCGGUUGCGCUGCCCUCGCAUACAUCGUUUACGUGCUCGCUUGGGAAGCUCGUCUACAUGCUAAGCACGUUGGCCCUGAUGUCGGUCGAACCUUUGUCAUGUGCGGUUCCCUCACAGCCGUUGUCUGGAUUCUCUAUCCCAUUGCCUGGGGCGUCUGUGAAGGAGGCAACUUGAUUGCCCCUGACUCUGAGGCUGUCUUCUACGGCAUCCUCGAUCUCAUUGCGAAGCCUGUCUUUGGAGCCUUGCUUCUCUGGGGACACAGAAACAUCGACCCUGCUCGUCUUGGCCUUCGUAUUCGCGACAUUGACGAGCGCAUCUUCCCAGAUGGUCCCAACAACAAGGUUGCAUCUGGACAUGGUGCUCGAAACGAUACUGCCACUGCCUCUGGCGCUAAUGUCAACCCAAACGCGUGA